UCCUCGUUGGGCGUCUGAAGGCAAGAUGGGUCACCAGCAGCUCUACUGGAGUCACCCACGGAAGUUCGGCCAGGGUUCCCGCUCUUGCCGCGUCUGCUCCAACCGCCACGGUCUGAUCCGCAAAUACGGGCUGAACAUGUGCCGCCAGUGCUUCCGGCAGUACGCGAAGGACAUAGGCUUCAUUAAGUUGGACUAAGCGGCCUUGAUUC